AUGCCUUUUCCUACCUCUCUUUCCUUUCGUCCUGACUUUUUUACCCUUCCCAUCCGUUUUUCUUUAUUCCUUUCUCCUUUCAUGUUUCUCAUUCUUUCUUCCCGUUCAUCCCGUCUGACUUUCUUUUUUCCAUCCUCUUUCCCUGCCAGUCUCCCUUCAAUUAUUUUUCACCUUUCUCUCAGUCUUCUUUCUUUCCUUCCAUCUUCGUUCCUCCUUUUUAUUUAUUUCUUUCUUCAAUAUUUUCUUUCUUUCUUUCUUUCUUUCCUUUUGUCUUUCUUUCCAUUUCUAUGUACUUUCUCUUUUCAUCUUACAUUAUUUCUUCUUUUCUUUCCUUCAGUCUUUCAAUCUCUCUUUCUUCUUUUUGUCUUUCUUUACUUCAAAAUUAUAUGCAAAUCAACAACACCCUAUUCUCUCUCUGUACUCUCUCCUUUUCUUUUCUUUAUAAUUCUUUGCCUUUCUCGCUUGUUUUUCUUCUCGUUCUUCUUUCUCCCUUCCUACCCUUUAUUCGCUACAUUCUCUCCCUCUGAUUCUCCUUUUGUCUCUUCCUCCUCUCAUUUUUAUCUUAAAUCCCUCCUACAGUCUUUUUCACUUUUCUUUAUUUCUUCUUUCCGCCAUCUUUCUUCUCCUUUGCUUCUAUUAUUUAUUUUGUGUGUCACGGCAUUAGAUAAACGCCUUGGGGACAGAUGGUGGACAAUCUUGUGA